AUGGCGGCGCAGGGCAUCCACUCGAGUUCUCUGUACUAUGAGGAGUCUCUCACUUCCAUCUCGCUGCCAGAACAGGCGCCGCCCCAGCCCCGGCCCCCGUCCUCGAGCUCGGUGUCCAAGACGCCCCUGGAGUCUAAGGCGAGCUCCCCGGGCCCGCUGCUUCGCUGUACCAGUCCGGAGGGCUCGUUGCCCCUCGCCGUGUUUUAUGGGCCGUUGGACGCGAAAAACCCGCUGCUGGCCUCCUUCGAGAAGGAGAUCCGGGAGCUGUUAGGUUUUAUGAAGAAGAAGAAGGCUUUAGCGACGACGGAGGGACAGAAGCACGAAUUCCACCGGCGAGGUGCCACCUCUUUGUUUAAUAUCUGGACCAAAUACGCCCCCAGGCUGCCAGCUGACUAUUACAAUGAAAAGCUUCUGAAGGUUGGAGAUAGCCUUUUUCAAAUGAAAGAAUACAAACUGGCCCUUUUACAGUGCUAUGGAAGAUAUCUUCAGCAGUUCAGUAUGGAUUUUGAUGAGAACAAAGCUGAUGUGAAUCAAUUCAAAAGUGUCUUUUUUCCGAAAGGCUUUGGGGAUAAAGCUGCUGGACUUACAUUUCAUGCUUUAAAUGGAAAAAAUAUUUGCAACUACCAGCUGGUCUGCGACAGUGAUGUAAAGCUGCAGAAUAAAGAAUCUGUGAGCCAGUGUCUGCAGAUCUUGUCCUCCUUAAGGCUCAUCAUGCAGGUGGCUCUGCCGCAGGAGCACCUUUGCUGGAUUAUCUUCAAUGGUACCAUUUAUAUUUAUACCAUUUGCAGAAAACUGAUGGUCAUAGGCCAGUCUUCCAAGGCCUUGGAAUACCUGCUGUGGGCCAGUGUGUGCAUGGAGUCCUCGGUGCCGCUGCUGUCCAUCAGGUACCUGACAUGGAGAACUACUCUUUACACUGCUGUUUGCCAGUGCUACUAUGACUGCCAAGCUGGCAUUAAUGGAGAGGCAUUUGCUCGGCGUGCUUUAGGCAAAAUUGAAGAGUUGAGGCAACUGGAAGUAAUGAGUUCCUCACGAUCACAGGAAGAAUCCAAAAGAUAUUACAGAGAGGCCGCAAUAAAGAUGGCAGUGAUGAUCUUCAAAAGAGGGAUAUUUGAAUCACGAAGAAAAAACAAAGUCUUCUUUAGACCAAAGACAAGGAUUAACUUGAAGGAAGCACAAAGUUUGCCAUGGCCACGUACUGUCACAGAGCGGCUGUUGGAUGAGAUGUUUGAUUGCACUUCAAUUCGGUUUCUUGCUGUUGUGGAAGCUCUUUCUGACUCAAAUAGGCGAAUACUGCAAACUGGACCUGUUGUUACAGAAGAAGUGGAGAUUCGUGACGUUGUCUCAGAACUGUUCAUGGCAGGAAAAGAGCUCUUGAUAGUUUCAAAUAUGGGUACAAAUGGAACAUUUGAUUUCCCCAAAACACCUCUGAUGGAACUUAUGAUAGAAAGAAAAAAUGUUAUUUCUUUGGAUGCUGCUGUGAAAUUUAUAAAAUUAGCUUUUACUUAUGAGGAAUGGAGUUUAUUUGAAUCUUCAGCUUGGCAGCUUAUUUAUUUUCUCCAGGGGCAGGAUGAUCCAGAAUCAAAGAAAGCAGAGAAAAAUUUGACUCUCUUGAUUGCAAUAGAACCGCUGAUCAAUGUAAAGAGGAACAAAGGUUUGAUACUUCCUUUGGAAAACUAUAAAGAAGGACAGACAUCUCAAACUUAUUUAAAACAUACUACUUUUCAAGAUACUUCUGGGAAGGCUUCUGGGUAUUCAGAAGAUAUUUUCCAUUUGGCAGCAACUCUGUAUUCCUGUGUCUGCUCCUCUCCCCAGGACGUUCUGCCUGAUAAAGAAAUCAUCGUGGACAUGAUAAUGUUCCUGUGGCAGAAAUGCAAAUUAGGAAUUCAGCGAUUCAGUAUGACUGGAAGUGAUUAUGCAAAAUUCACCCUGAAAAUCAGUACUAACAAAUGGGUGUAUCUUCUGUGGCAGAUAAAUGAAGUCAUUCAUUCCUGUAAGAUGGAAGACAUUGACGUGGUGGUGGUGGCAGAGGUCACACUACGAUUAAGUGAAAUACUGGAGUAUCUAGGAAGCCCACAAAGAAAAUUUAAAAAUUUAGAUUUGUCUUCAAGAAAAGCUACCGAAGAAUCCCCUGGGACUCCAAAGGGGAUCUCUGAAAUUCUUCCAAUAUUAAAGAAAAAACCCAUGGAGCUGUUAUCUUUUGCUUAUGAACUUCUUGACAAAGCAAUUGAUGGAAUAAAUUUGAAUUGCAUGUUAACUACUUUGCCAAAUGGAUCAUCAGUAAUUGACCACUGUUACGCCAAGUGCUCCAAAGAUGCAGCUGGAGACACUUACAAACCAAUCACAGCCAAUAGUUUCAUGAUGGAUUUGCAUCUUGAAUUAAUUCAGGCUCAGCACCGAGUAGCCAUCGUGCUUCUUGACCAAUUGCAAGUUUUUCAGACUCCAACUGUUAGCAAAUGUGUUUCUACAAAAAAUCUGGAAAAGUUCAAACAACCUGGAAGCACUGAUUGUUUUACAGAAUUAAGCAUAAUGAAUAAAAUAAAGAAGAAUAAAAUAUCCAAAGCGAUUUACUUGAUGCAGAAAGCUCUUUUAAUAUUUGAGAAAGAUACAACUUCUACAUGUUCCUGGAACUUUUUGAUGGAAGCCUAUUCUUUAAUUGAGAAGAUUGAAGCAGAACAAAAUGCCCUAUAUUCAUAUCAAGACUAUUUGAAAAGUUCAAAAAGAAAGAAAAGCAGAGUUCCUCCUCCACCUAUCCUGCUAUCCCGAACUCAUUGUUCUGUGACACUCAAACCUGCUCCAUUUAUUUCUGAUGUUAAGGUCUCCUGGUACUGCAUUUUGGGUUGCAAAGCAGAAGGAAGCUAUGGAAAAGUGAGGCUAAACAAUAACCAUCUCCCAAACUCCGGAGAAGCGAUACCAGCUGAUGGUAGAAGCAUUUUUGAAGUGAAAGGUUUGGAAACAAAUGAAAAAUACAUAUUUGCAGUUGCUGCUUAUUCUUCUAAUGGGAAGCUUGUUGGUGAUGCUAUUGGGGAGACAACGAAACCAAUUUUGGUUUAUCCACCUCUCUCUGCUGUUACUGCUCGAAUGUUCCUGACACAGGUUGCCUAUCAGGUUGGUAACUACGACCUGGCUAAGAGAGUUUUCUCACCAGUUUGGGAUUUCUUUGUUGCUUCCCCGCCUCAGGAUGAACAGUCCCUUGUUUGCUUAAGCAGUAUAAUGACUGUUAACCAGAGAAGGUUGCAUUCAGAUGUUUUGGCGGAAAAUUCUUCAAUUCUCUUGUACCUUUUUCUGAGAAAUAUUUUUGUGACAAGUGACAUUAAAAUUAAAGAAGAAAAUAUUUUCUGUGAUAAUAUUAAAGGCAAUGAGAUUUUCCCUUCUCAGCAAAUGGCUAGAGUGAUUGAAUGUGAGAGAAUAUUAGUGGCCUUGGAAAUUAGCACCUUCCUAAAUGAUUCCAGUUACACCCUUCAAUCUGUGACUCAAUGUUAUGGCCUCCUUGCUCCUAUAAUCUAUCACAAUAUUGUGUUGGUGCCUGUUGUACAGAUCUUGAUAAAGUGUAUGUUGGUUUUGCAAGGACUACCAAAUGUUGGUCACUCGAAGAAACAUCUUUUGAGUUUUGAAAGUGUACAGCACAUGAUAGCUUGUUGUAUCUUCUAUAUAACAAAGAUUCUGCGCUCAUGGAAGGAAUAUGACCUGGCAGUGAUGAUUAUAAAUUAUGGAAAAAAGAUGUUGGAUAUCACAUCAGAGUGCAAAUCUCUAUUUGGUAAUAGUGAGCAAGACGAAACACCAGAGGAGAUUUCCACUAAGAAGUUUUUAAAGACUAGGAAGCCACAGCAGAUAUUGUUGCCUGAAAAAAUAAAUGAACAGCUGGCCUUGUUGGAGACACACCUACUAAAAAUGACAAAGCAAUACGUCGCUGCAGAGCUCUCGGGAGCAGAAGACCCUGUAUUUCUCUACCCGGUGGUUUUGAACUGGUCAGUCAAAGGUGCUGUGAGGGAAGUUAUGAAAUUUAAACAGAGACCUAGAUUCUUGGAAUUCUUUACACAAGUUAUGCUAAAAUGCAUGAAUGAAGAAAAAUUCCACCUUGUGGUAGAGAUAACAAUUCCUGUCCAUGAAUUUUUGAAAAGGAGGAAUGAGACCCUCCUUGGAGCCAAAAGAGUAAAACAUAAGGAAAAUGCUGUUUCUAAAAAGGCAAAGAAACCUUUCAAGAAGUUCAAAGCUGCAGUAAUGGAAAUUGGAAGAAAUGUAGAUAUGAAACCAAAAAGAAGACAGAAAAAAAGGGAUACUAUCAAGGAAUUUUUUGCCAAAAAUCCAGUAAUUUUUGAAAUGCCGGAAUAUGAAAGAAAUAAGAGAGCUGAUGUUAGAAAAAUAGCAUAUCGAUGCCUGACACAUUAUUUGAAUCCUAUAAUAUUAAAUUAUAUUCAAAGAAAGAGGUUUCAUCAAGUAUUUCUUGAGGAGAUGCCCUGGAGAGCUCAGAUGAACCUGUAUCUGGCAAGCACGCACUUUAACCUGCUUCUACAAAAGCUAAAGGAGCAUCCAAAGACGAAAUCUGGCACCUCACAUGCAACAGUCAGUUUCCGAUCAUGUGAUCCUAAUAUAUUCUCACUGUAUAAUUCAGGAACAGUGUUACCAACAGGAAGGUUAACUUUAGAAAAUUACAAAGCAAUGCUUGAUUUCCUUCUUACAGCUAAAAAAAGAAAGGCCAACCUACCAUCAGAUGCUGAAGAAUUUUCUGCAUUUAUUAAUUGCAAAACGAGUGAAGAAAAUGUAUCUAAGACACAAACAAUUUAUGACUCAGAUUCUCUGUCAGGUCUUAGUACUAAAGAAAAGGAUCGAGCAGCAAACAUGGGUCUAUUGGACCAUUUUAUGAAAAUCUUUUUAUACUGCAGGAGAGCAAUGGUCCUUGCUCAUCGUGGUGGCUAUUGGACUCUGCUUCAGAACUGCUGUCGGGCCUUUUGGAACUUCACUCAGGAGCUCCAGAUACUACUUAAACAAGCCAUGGAUCUUUACAAAACGUUUCCUAUUAGCCAGGAUGCUUUCCUCUGUAUCUCUGUUUUACCAUUCUAUUUGGGAGCUGAAUUACUUAUUGACAUGUUAAUACAACUACAAAAUAUCAAUUCUAUUAAGUCUGUUGAAGACAGAGGAGAGUUCAGUGUUCCAAGCUGUUAUGGGAAUAUUAAACAUGAUAAUGGUGGCGCUGGCCUUACUUUUGAGCAUCCUUUGGAUGAUGUCAAUGUGGUUGAUUUGAGAUGGAUCCAUGACUUUGUAUUAAAAUCUCUGGAAGUUUUAUACCAAGUGGAGAAAUGGGAAACACUAGUAUCGCUUGCCAUUCAGUUCAAUAUAAUUUCACAUGAGAGAUACACAGAACAGGUGACACCAUGCCUGGUGUAUGCACAGCGCCAGCUUCUUCUGAGGAUACACAAAUUCAAUGGCCCAGAUGUUACUCAACAGCCCUGUGCAAGGUAUGAAGCUGAACAUGGAGAGAAGAUAACCUGCCGAAAUUUCAUUGGGAAGCAGCUCAAGAUUAACCCUCCAGUCAGUACGGUAACAGAUACAAGAAACCGUGCAGAUGCACUAAAGACACUGAUCUAUUCAGAGUAUAGCCGAGCCAAGGAGCUCGUCUGCGUGCCUGUGGAUGUGACAGACACUUUGAGAUGUUUCAGAGAGACCCUGGAAAAAUCCAAAUAUCACAACAGAUCAAUCCGCCACAGCAGAAAGUUGCUUUCAUUGUUUCUUGCCCAGACACAAGGUGAGAAAAACAUAAACAACUUAAAAUUCACUUCUGGAAGAGUAGAAUUUUCCCUGGGGACAGAAGAAAUGCACAUGUCCACGCCACCUGACCUUUCUCAAGAGCACUUCAGGGUGUUCAGUUCCGUGGAGAAAAGCAAACUUCCCUAUUCACAGCUGGGAUUGGUAAUUUCUUCUUUUCACCAAACCAUUGAUGUUCUCCAUGCAAGCAAUCAAAGAAGUCUUAAAGUUCAGGCAUUGCAUACACUUGGGAAUCUUCUCAUCUUCGCAGGGAAGAAAAGGGCUGCGUUUAAGUGUUGGUGUCAAGCUCUUGAUGACAUAUUCAGAAAAUCAGAUAUGCUACAUACGUGGAAAGAAUUUGGCACCUCACUCAGCCGUUCACGCUCAGGUUUCAAAGACUACAGUGAGGAAUUUCUAUCAAAAGUUGGCAUUUGGGGCUGUUUGCAAGGAGCAAUGAUCUCAGCGAAGAUAGCACAAUUUAUUAAGACCUCAAACAUUAAAAAGAGAACCGACUGCUGCAUUUUGUCUGCCCUACUCUUUCAGGGUUUGCUUAGGACCACACUUCCAAAUCCUAAAGGUGAAUGUACCUAUGCUCAAUAUGAAAUCACUCAACUUCUUCCAGGGAUAGAGCUCUUCUCAGACAGAUACAGGGCUGAUAUUUGCUCUGUGGUUGCAAGUCUGUAUUAUGUUACACGUGAAUUACAUUUUGCUAAACAAAAUCUCAUAGUUCUCCCUCUCCUUGCACUGUACCAAUAUUUUGUUUCUGGAAUUUGCCAAGACCUCGUCAGAAAUCUCGAGGCAAGAAUCCUAAAGAUAGAAGUCCUAAUAGAUUUAGGAUUGUUUUCAGAAGCCUUUUAUGAGAUAUGCCAGAUAUUUUAUGGAAGAAACAUACCUUGUUCAAUACCCUCUGGCUGUAAAGCUACUGGAAAAAUUAAGCUAUUCCAAUCAUUUGACCCAGGGAAACCUCUUAACUGUAAAGAAAAUAUACAGGCACUUGAAGAAUUAAUAAAUAAAGGCUUCCCUGUAAUUCUGGUUUCAGUUGGCCAACAACAUCUCUUAAAUAAGUUUUAUUUUGUUAAGGCAUACUUUUUUAUAAGUGUGGCUGCAACAAUAAAUUGUAUCCCAGAAACUUCAGUGAAGGUGCUAUACCGUGGACUUACUGCCGAGAAGAGCAAAGUAAAUCUCCCAAACUCAAAAGAGUUAUCCUCAAGGGAGGAUGGAGGCUCAUCUUGUCAACUUAUGAAAAUUAAAGAUGAAUUGACUCUUAGCACACUAAAGGCAAUUCUGCUGAAUGAAGCUGAAGACAGGCUCAAUUUGCUGGUGUCAGAAAUGGAGCAAGCAGGCCGCAAGAACCUCUCCCAGUGUUCAGCCGGGGAACUGGAGGUCGUGGUGGCAGCCAGGCUCCAGCUGGCUGCAGCUGCCCUCCAGAAACACCGAGCAGCAUACAGUGCUGCAAUAGUGUUUUCCAUACUUAAACUUCUCCAGGAGUCAAAACUUUUAAAAAAGAAAGUAGGACAGGAUUACACAGAAAAUUCCAUCUCUUCAAGAAAUUCUCCUACAGACAAUAAAGACGAUAAUGAGUUUUUAGAUCCUAUUUCCCUAAAUGCCCGAGAAUAUUUCAACAUGCAUCUGUGGUUGAAAUGUCGCUUGGCGCUGGUGACUGCAUUUGUUGCACAGAUUCGUGGCAUUGGAGUUGUGAAAGAGAACGAUAUGAUGGAUUGUUUGAGCCUCAUUAAUGAAGUGUGUAUGGAAGCAAAAAGUGCAAAUGAUACAGAGCUGCAGGCUGAAUUCUUGAUGCAAGCUGUGAUCCUCGGCCUACAAGAAAAGCAUUUAAAGACAGACAUCAUAAGAAACCUUGAGGAUAUAAUAAAUUUGCUUGAAGGAAAUGAGUUUAUCUCCCCUCGAUCUCGGCUGACUCUGGCAAGAAGCCUGAUUUUGCUGGAUGACUUAACAAAGGCUGAGAAAUUCAAGAAAUCACCCUCUUCAAAGACUGAAAAAUUAAAUUUGUUGAAUCAGGCACACAACAUUCUUAUUGAACAGAUGAUAAGUUUUGGAGAAACAAUUGAAUUUCCUUUGUCAAACACUGAUUAUGCAAAUCCAUUACAACCUUUGAAAAAUAUCUAUCUUCCUCAUGGCAUGUUAUUGGCCAAAAUAAAAAUGAGAAUUGGACAUACGAUGGCCAAGCAAGUGUAUUACAACAGUAAAAAGAAGGACCACUCGAAGUGGUUACCUGCCCUUCAUCUUUUUGAAAUGGCAUUGAAGCUCUGCAGGGUAACCGCAGUGGAAGAACGUGAGGUAGAAGCUGAAAUCCUUUUUCAGAAAGGCAAAAUAGAACGGCAAAUGCUGAUGGAUGAGAAAUCUCCAACUACGCAACUUGAGAGUUUAUUUGAAGCUAUACAACUAAGCUUGAGAAAUGAUCAAAACUCAGGAUUGAUAAGAGAUUCCUACCUAGAAAUGGCCCUAUUAUAUUUUCAUCUGAGGAAGCCAAAGAGAAAAAUGUCAACAUCACCAUUAACUGUUAAGCCUCUUAGAAGACAUAGUUCUAUUCGAGAACCAACAGUCAAUCUAUCUGAAAUGUACAAUUCGUUGGCCUGGAUUGUGAUAAGAGCUGCUGCACAGGUCAGUGAAGCUGUGCUGGCAAUAAACCUGCUUAUUGGAAAGAAGAAUGCUAGAACUGACAAAGUCAACCAAGUGGUAUUACCAAAUAUCCCAGAAUUUGCCACUGUGGAUCUUCUGUCUUCGUAUACAGAUUAUUUGCUUGAUAACUACCAAGUUGUUUUCCAGACUUGCUAUUUCCUUUUGUAUCAAAAUGAUGACAUGUGUGACAACACAGAUCCUAGAGUAAAGGCACAAACCAAAGUGGAUAUUACAUGGGUCCUUCUACUGCGCUACUAUAUUCAUCUUCAAAGAAUUAAUAAUAUGAGCAAACUGUUAGCAUCUGCAACGCCAGUAUCUGGAAUUUCUUUGCCGGAUGAUACACUUCUCACCUCUCUUUUCAACUCUGAAUUGAUUUUACGCCAAAAAGAAAUGCAUUGUUUCCUUAAAAAAUUCCUACAGUUGUAUUCUUCUUCUUGUAUUGAUGAAUUUCCAAAAGAGCUUCUUCAAGGAUUUGAAAAUCCACCUUCUUUAGAAAAAGUCUUAUAUGAAUCAACAACCAAGUUAUAUCGUGACAGUUCUCUACAAUCCGUUUUAUCUUUGUGGCUCCUUGCUAGCCCAUCUUCUGUGGACAUGACGCCAUCAGAUAUGAUAACACAAGCUUUAAAUAGAGAACUCUGCUUUCAAUGGUACAUUCCUCCUCUGGACAGACCUCCAAAGGAAACAGAACCUAUGGUUUUGUUGUUGUAUGCAUAUAAUAUGAAGCCCCUGAAGAUUUCAGACAUUAGAUAUUCUGUUAGUAGCAGUGUGUAUACUGGCUCUUUCUGGAUUCCACUGACCAGAGUUAUUUCAAUUCAUGAGAAACUGUCUAACCUGGCACAGAUUGCUGAGAUAUCAUUGCCAGCAACUCCUGAAGCUACUUCAAAUGAAGACAUAGAUAAAACAGAAGAAAGGGAAGAAAAAUCAAUUGAUAAAGAAAUGGAAAACAUGAUCCUUGGGUGUUGCUCUGAAAUAAUGGCUCUGUUUUCAACUGAUAGAGAGCCAACACCACUCUCUGAGAUCCCAUUUGAUGUUUCCCUGCUCUCCAUAUUCAAUCUUGAGAGACUUUUUGAUCUCGCUAAUGGUUGCAUUGUAUCCAAUGGAAGCCUUUUCAACUGGAUAGUGUCAAUCAUUCCCUGAACACCCUUUGCAGGGCUGAAUAAAACGGGGAUCUGAGUCAAGAAUGUGACAUCAGACCAAGGAGUUUUUCAGCAACAUCUGUCAGUCUUUGGAAAUUUG